AAAGAACGGGGUGGUGGAGCUUCUGAGGCGGUUUACUGCGAUCGGAUUCAUUUCGUCAACGCUUGAAACGAUUUCGAUUUUAAAUUAGAGGAGCAGAAUUAUCCCCAUUCAUCCUAAACGACCAGGUGUAUUUUUCCGGAUUGUUAUUUUUGACCGUAAAAGGGAGGCGGUGGAGGAGGAAGAGGAGGGCGGCGUGUGAUGGGCAAAGGGUGGGCGAGGGUCCCCUCAGCAUCCAGGAGGGGACGGGAGGAGGGAAAUGCGAACAGCGGUCCCAGCGGAGCGGAAUUUGCGGCGAUGAUAAAGCGUCGGUGGGGCGGAGGCGGAGGAUGAGGAUGCCGGCCAAGAUCUUCCUGGCCCUGGGCGCCGUCACUCUGGGCAGUCUGCUGAUGCACUACGGCGGCCGCCGGAGAGGGAGCGGCGAGCGCGUCCCCUCCGACGACGGCGCCCCGUGCUCCCGUCCAGCGGCAGGCGGGAAGGCCAAGCGCACCGACGUGACCUUCCUGAAGACCCACAAGACGGCCGGCAGCACCGUGCAGAACAUCCUGUUCCGCUUCGCCGAGCGCAACGGCCUGACGGUGGCGCUGCCCAAGCAGCAAUGCGGCCACCAUUUCUGCUACCCCAAAACCUUCAGCGCCAACUUUGUACACCCGCACACGCUGCCGCCCAACAUCAUCGGCAACCACCUGCGCUUCGACGCCGGCGAGCUGCGCCGCGUGGCGCCGCCCCGGGCGGUCUACGUCACCAUCCUGAGGGAACCCGCCGCCAUGUUUGAGUCCUUGUUCACGUACUACGGCCAGCGCUGUCAGAGCUUCAGGAGGGUGCCCGGGGGCUCGCCGGGCGCCUUCCUGGAGCGGCCCCUGCGCUACUAUCGCCCGCAGGACAAGAACUCCAACUACGCCCGCAACACGCUGACGCACGACCUGGGCGGCGACAAGGACCGGCCGGCGGCGGACGCGGCCUACGCCCGGGCCUUCGCGGCCCGAGUGGAGCGGGUCUUCUCCUUGGUGAUGAUCGCGGAGCAUUUUGACGAGUCGCUGGUUCUCCUGCGGCGCCUCCUCUCCUGGGACGCGGACGACCUGGUCUACGUCAAGCUCAACGUGCGCACGGCCGCCUCCAAGCGCUGCCUGAGCCCGGGCCUCGCCGGGAAAGUCCGCGCGUGGAACUGGAUCGACGCGCACCUUUACGAUCACUUCAACGCCUCGCUGUGGCGCCAGCUGGCGGCGGUGGGUUCGGCCUGCGUGGCCCGGGAGCUCCGCCUCCUGCGCGCCGCCCAGGAGAGGCUGUACCGGAGCUGCUUCGGCGGACGCCGUCCUCUUCUCAGCUCGGCGGGGGAGAUCCGCAACAAGGAGCUGCGGCCCUGGCAGCCCAGCGCCCGGGUCGGCAUCUUGGGCUACGACCUCCCCGGCAACCUGAGCCGCCCCUUCUCCGGCCGGGAACUCUGCCUCAGGGUCGUCAUGCCCGAGAUCCAGUACACCGGGAUCCUGCUGCGCUCCCAAUCCGCCCGCUACCGCCGCAACCACCAGCGCUGACUCCCAAGGGCGCACCCUCCCGAGCUGGCGAUACAACCCGACUUCCUUCUCAAACUCGCGGGGACUUACAGACCUGACGCGUCCCACCGGGAAAACCAACCGGCAACUCCCCCCUCCGCUCCCCAACCUGAAUUCAUCUCGCCUGCUACCCCGACACCCCCGCGAGGUCCGAGUGCCCUCUCGCAGUCGGAUGGACAAGGAGACUCGGAGUGUCACGACUCCAGCGAAGGGAGCCGAGCGUCUGUCGCCUGUGCAGUUGCCAUGACAACUCUAUGUUUGUGUUACUGUGGGGGUGUGUGUGUACAGUAUCUCUCUCUAUAUAUAUAUCUAUACAUACAUAUACCUGUAGAUAUAUAUAGAGAGAGAAAUCGAUCGGUAGACACACACACACAGAGUAAAAUACUGUAUGUACAUUGAAAAUAAAUAUAAAUUGAUAAAACAAAGUAUUUUUGACAGUGAAAGUACGCAAACGUGUUUAGAAGCUGUGUACAUUUGAUUACAUGGUUUGGAUGAGACUAACUUGUGACCCUGUACCGUAUUGGCCCGAAUAUAAGACGGUGGUUUUCGCAAUAAAAUAAGACUGAAAAGGUGGAGGUUGUCUUAUAUUCGGUUUCUAGGUGUUAUACUCAUUCACGGCGCUAGAUGGUGCCAGAUAUCAUUGAAGCGAAUCCUGAGCUCGACUCCCGGGGCCAAAGCGAACCCCUGUCGCGAAGAAUAAAAACAAAAAUAGCGGUAGCACGAAGAAGAAAAAUAAAAAAAAUC